AUGCUUGACAUAAUGUCGGAACACCAAGAAUCACUGUUGACGUGCAAAGCAGAACCCUUGCCUCCAGAGAAGAAAAAGAGAACUGUUGAGGACUUUAACAAAUUCUGCAGCUUUGUCCUGGCAUAUGCUGGUUACAUCCCAAGUCCAAAAGAGGAGAGUUCAUGGUCCCCCACAUCAUCCAGCUCUGCACACAGUUCGGGUUUAUCAGCAGAUGGCGGCGGAGGCAGCAGCUCCAUGGGAAACCCAUGGACAGACGGAAGUUCUGACAUUCACACAAUUCAUACUUUUGUCCGCAAAGCACGCGCCAACAAAGGCAAAAACAUACGUCGUAUGCACUCGGACAGCACUCUACUGGAUAAGAUGCGCCUCAAAGACUCCCUGUAUGAGAGCCAGUCCAGCUCGAAAGCAGAGCGUAAAAAGGAGAAAAAACUUAAAAAACUGUCUCUAGGGUCCGCCAUGACAUCAGUAGACAGUGGCAGCAGUGAAAGUGAAAAGAGGGCUCGCAUCAAACGCAGUAAAAACUCCAAACAGCCAAAAGCCAAGAAACUUAAGAGUGCAGGGCCGAAUCAGAUGGACACUGACAUGCAACUUGGUAGAGAUGAGCUGAAUGCACACUCUGCAUCCACACCGGGCAGUAUGGGCAAGACGAGGACAGACGAGUCUCUGAGGGACGCAGAAGUCAGCUCGAGUGAGGGGGAGACCUGGAUUGCAGACGAAGAUAUUAUGGUUGAAUCAGGCGAUGAUUCUUGGGACUUAAUCACUUGUUAUUGUGGAAAACCAUUUGCUGGGCGGCCAAUGAUUGAAUGCAACCAGUGCAGCAUAUGGGUGCACUUGUCCUGUGCGAAAAUCAAGAAGUCUAAUGUUCCCGACAUCUUUUACUGCCAUAAGUGCAGGGACACACGGCGAUCAGGACACAAAAAGGACACCUAG